GACUGCCUACGUCACAAAUCAUGCACAGAGGACUGUGCACUGUACAGUGCUGCUCAAUAAAAGUGCUCCUCCAUCAAGACAAGUAUUAAACAAGUUGUUGCAGACAUGGCCGAAUCAAAGAUGGCAGAAGCAAAAAAAGGCACUGAAAUAUUGAAAUGGGCAAAUGCGAAAGGGGAAUUUGUCCGAAAACCGAGCUCAUUCCGAAACUGGAUCACUAAAGAUGGUAGCAGUGGCUUCCCCCCAGAGAGUGGUCGAUACCACCUCUACGUCUCAUACGCUUGUCCGUGGGCACAUAGAACUAUUAUUGCACGAUCACUGAAAGGUCUCACUAAAUGCAUCACCAUGGAUGUUGUCGACUAUCACAUGGGGGAGAAGGGGUGGAGAUUCAACCCUGCUGUCAAAGAUGCUACUCCAGACACUGUGAAUGGGUUCGAGCAUCUCAGGGAAAUCUACUUCCUUGCCAACGCUGAGUACGAGGGGAGGUUCACUGUCCCUGUGCUCUGGGACAAGAAGACGAAGACCGUCGUCAAUAAUGAGUCAUCUGAAAUACUUCGAAUUCUCAACUCAGAGUUUAACGAUUUCUGUGAGACUGAUGAGCAGCGUGCCAUUGACCUUUACCCCCAGGAGCUGAGGAAGGAGAUUGAGGAGGUUAACGAAUGGAUUUACAAGGACAUCAACAAUGGCGUGUAUCGAGCUGGUUUUGCCACCAAACAAGAAGCCUAUGACAAGGCCGUGUGUGAGGUGUUUGCUGCUCUCGAUCGUGUGGAGGAGGUACUGUCCACUCGUCGUUAUCUCACUGGCUCCACCCUCACUGAGGCUGAUGUCAGACUCUACACAACACUGGCACGCUUUGACUGUGUCUAUGUCGGCCAUUUUAAGUGCAAUAAGAAGCGAAUAAUGGACUACCCUCACCUGUGGGACUACCUCCGUGACCUCUAUCAGACUAGGGGGUUCGGGGAUACCACCAACCGACACCACAUCGAGCACCACUAUCAGGAGAGUCACCUGCAGAUUAAUCCCCACGGAAUAGUGGCCAUUGGCCCAGACAUUGACUUCAACGCACCUCACAACAGAGAUACAAAAUUCUCCUAAUAGACAAAGCUUCAGCUAACUUGUGUCAACAUUGUUACAGUAGCUAUUUAUUGUUGGUGUACGUACCUAUAAUAUAUAUAUAUACAACAGUGUGGAGUAA